GGAAUUUUUUCUACAGGCUUGCUCUGUGGCUCUGUGGAUGUUAAGCUACUUGGCUACUCUCACUGUGACUUAAAAAAUGUGUCAUCCAAACGGUCAAGCUUUGAUCGCAGAACGGUAGCUUGAUGAGAUUCGUGUGGAAGGGGUCAAAGCUGGCGUCCGGUAUCCUGAAGUUUCCAAGUCCGGCACUGUUCUGACGGUGGACUUUGCAGCGUUGGCAAGAAAUGUAUUGAAUGCAAAGGACGUAUUUGACUCGGCCAAAAGAACCUAAGCGGUACGCUUUAAAAUGGCUCUACCACUGGAUGAGAGAUUAUGGACGGUUUCAAAAACGUGGCGUCGUAGUGUGACUGGUAGGUAUGGCAUGAUGGACCAUUAAAUUCUAGGCGAGGAUUGUCUAGGAUGUGAAGUAGGUACACCUGAAAUCAGCAGUAGGUUUGGUAUCUGGAUGUUGGCAGAUCAACAUUAAUUUUAGCUUAGUAGAUAAAGUAAAACAGUUAAUAAUAAUAAUAAUAAAUAGUCUUUAUUGCAUUAAGAAAGAAUAUAUAAAAAAAAUUAUGAAAAUUAAAUGCGGGGCGAGAUUCAGUUACAGGGGGUAGCUUCCCUGUAGCUGCUCUUACUUUGAAAUUCUUAUUUCAAAUGUCACACGGAGCACGAUAUAAAUGACGUUCAGAACAUAUGACAGUUCUGUUUCUAUGGAAAAUACCUAAUCUUAAUAAUAAAUAAGCUUUAUUUUGCGCAUAAUAGAAAAUAACAACAAAUAAUCGUAUAUUAUAUUACGGCCUAAGAGCUCUAUGUGACGUAAAUCGAUACAAAAAAGAUUUAUCAGAAAAAGGUAGUUCCACUUGACAGAUCGUUAUACCGGGUGGUGGCUUGUACAACGCCCCAUAAGAAUUUCAAUAGUAAUUUUUUCAUUUCUGAUUAAUGGACUUCCCUAAUUAUUUUAGAGAUAAGAUCCCAAUUGCACAUUACUUAUUCAAAAAUCAAUCAUAGUUAUAUUCUAAAAAUUACACACAUCAGACAUUAUUUUUUAAAAGAAUUCUUAAUUAUACCAAAGAGUACCCAUGGUAAUGGUACGCAUAUAAAAUUAGUUUAGUGACUGUCUGCUCCCAACGAAAAAUAAUAACAGUUGGAGUUUGAGGACAUGCAUUUUAAAGUAUUAUAGGAGAUGCCUGAUGUUGAAUGAAGAAAUUAGUCAGUUUCAUGAAAAAGAUGAUUUCCUCGAGCCCAACGUGCCAGUGCUAAACAAAAAUUACAUCAUUUGUCUGUGGAAACUUAAUAGUAUAAAUUUUGCUUCGUAGUUUACAUGACCGUUUGUAUGUGAAUGUGACUCACUUUUGUUCUGUGCUUUUGUAUAACAGUUGCAUCAUUUUUCUAACCCAGUUCAAAAAUAUUUUUUCAUCAAAAUGUUCCUUAAUUCAAGAAAAUUUUGUUAAAAAAUCAUAUUCAAACUAACUAAUCUUAAGUUUGCCAUCGAUGUCAUUACAAAAAGUAAAGAAAUAGAGUCGACGGUUUUUAGGUUACGUACACGUCUAGAAAGUUCUAAAUAGUUCUUUGAUGGCAAAAUCGGGAAUGUCAGGAAGCAAAUCCAAUGAAAAGAAGGCUAGUAAUAACCGUCCAAAGAAGUCAUCCACGCUGGACGUUAAGAAUCCUACACCGGAGACUAUUAACAAUGUAAACACUGUUUGUAAACCCAAACCUACGUCAACACCGACUAGUAUUCUAAUCGAGUCUCUAGUCAAGAAUUUGUGCUCGAUAUGUGAACCGGAUGAGCAAAAGUCGGAGAAAAUUUACAACUUCAUUUGCAGUAAAUUGUUUGAAAUGAAAUUGGUAGAUGAAAGUUACAACAUGAUCGAAUUUGAAGGUAUGCGUAACCAAUACCAACGCGCUUUAUAUCACUUAGUUACGUCUGCUAUUGGUAAACAACCAGUACCUUCACUGCAAGCCUUUUGGCAAAAUAAUGACAUCACUAACGAAUGGUCCCAUUAUUAUCGAGAAUUUGACGAGAUUGAAUAUAUAGCAGGUGGUGGUUUUGGGCAGGUUUAUCGUGUAAAGCACAAGUUGGAUGGGACAGAUUAUGCAAUUAAAAAGAUCGUGAUACGUUCAGAAGGAAUUAAGUCCAUUCGUAAUUACCUUUCAGAGGUGAAGACGUUUGCGAGUUUAAAUCACUCGAAUGUUGUCCAAUAUAAAGCAGCAUGGUUGGAGUUGGGUGGAGCUCGUAACAAGCAGGUCGACAACAAUGUAUCAUAUACAACUGAACCUUCUGAUCACAACCUAAUUACUGGCGAUGCAGACCAAUACAUUUACCCAGACGCCGCGACUGAAAUGGACACAUUUACUCAGAGAAUGGAGGAGUCUGACUUCGAAGUUAGUUUCCAAGCCACAUCGGAAAUUCAUCAGUAUUCGCAAUCUAGUAAUAGCAUUUUUAAUAGCGAUAGAAAAGUUAGAAGAAGCGCUCGGGUGAAGCGUAACAGUAUUUCCGAAGGCGGGAAUGCCAUUUGCAAACUGGAUGAAAUAGAGAGUCUAUACGUGCAGGCGAAAAGCGAGUUGAAAUGGGCUACUCUGUACAUACAGAUGGCAUUGUGCCAAACAACUUUAAGACAUUGGUUGGAGAAACGCUAUGAGACUGAACACAGUAAGGAUUCAGCUUUAAUUUCCGUAAAUAUGAAUCAAGUUCACUAUGAUUCUGUUAUGGAAAUUUUAAGGCAACUUUUGUUAGGUAUAGAAUACAUUCAUUCGAAACGGAUCGUGCAUCACGAUAUAAAACCAAGUAACAUUUUUAUCCAAAUUGAUAACGGUCGACUAUUGGUGCAGUUAGGCGAUUUCGGUUUGGCUUGCCCGCUGCAAAGUGUUAAACACAGUUUAGCGUUCGGUACAAAGCUAUACGCUGCACCAGAACAAUUGGCGGGAAAAUGCGAUUCGAAGAGCGAUAUGUAUUCUCUCGGCAUUGUUUUGUUUGAGCUCGUUAUGUCGUUCAGUACGGACAUGGAACGUAUACGUACCAUUACGGAAUUAAGAAGAAACGGUCUCGGUUCAGAUUGUUUAGCUUCAAAUGCUCAAUUCACCGCGGUAAUUAAAGACCUGAUGGCGAGACACCCGGGCGAUCGUCCCGACGCUACAACCCUAAUGCAAAGGCUCAGGUUGAACCUUUCCGAGUCGGACUUGGUGCAGGAGUUACGUUCUCAGUUGGCGCAAAAAGACGACGAAAUAUUGAGAUUACAAACUAUACUAAAGAAUGCUGGGCUGCACGCUACUUAGUUGGUCAGGGGAAAUUUGCACUUGAAGUUUACAUUUCAUUUCAAGAAUUAUCCCACAAAAAUACGUCCUGAUUGACUUGGAUGGAUGGACGGGCGUGUGUCUUGCAAGCAAAUGUUAUUAUUGCACUGCCUAAUGUGUUUUUGUUUUAUAAACGAUACCAAAAUCAUUAUAGCCAUUAUUUUAAUGAUACUUAAAUGGUCGUACAAUUUUGAUACUCAUAUUUUGUACAAGUCCAUGACUGAACAUGUUAUCAUGUGAGAUAUUGUGAUAUUAAAAACUUAAUAAAGUUAUUACUUUUUA